ACUCUCGAAUGUGACAUGCUAGGAGAGGAACCAGUGCAGGAUGAGACGAUAACGAUAAGGACGAAAAGAUCAUCAGCUAAAAGACAGACAUUGCCGUUGGAAGUCGAAGAAUAUACUAUUAUUCUAGGCCAGAAUACUUUGAUACCAAAAAACGUGCUCGAACGAUCAUGUGCACGUAUUCAUCGGCAUUGCUCGGAUGCUGGUAUGAAAUUAAUGGGCUUCCAAGGUGCUCGGGGAGAUCCGGGAUCCCAGGGACCUGUGGGACCACCGGGUAAAAGAGGUCCGGUAGGGAAUGUUGGUCCAAGUGGACUGGUUGGUGAUGCUGGAGAGAUUGGGCCUCCUGGCAAGGAUGGUAGGUGGUUCUCUGCUCUCAAGAACUUUCUCAUUUUCCCAAAAUAA